UUGGCUUGCAAAGCUGCUCACGACAAUCAGAAAACCCGCAUCAAGAACAGAGCAGCUUCGGUUCGGCGCUCAUCAAGGCAACAAUUAGUUUCAGUGAGUGGCAAAGUAUUUCUCCGGCACGUCACAUUAAAUGUAAUUUACUGAACAAUAUGUCACAAGCUGGAUGGGAAGAAAUUUUCCAACUGUGAAAGCUGUGGCGAGUGACAAACGCAAUAGCUAAACAGGAAGGUUUAACCGAACAAGAUGGGAAUAUCGAGUGAUAACAAAAACACAACACCAAAGGUUCUUUUCAGAACCAUCAACAUAUUCAUAAAGAGUAAACAGUAAACUAAUCCAUUUUUCAGGUAGAUAGGUAGGUAUUCACGUAGGAGAAGAAAAUAAAACAAUAUAUUUAAAAUAUAUAUUUAACAAAAGCUGUCCCCUUUGUAUAGUCCUACGUCACUCCGGUUAUGUCCCCGACAUUACCCAUCCGUCUUUUUUUAUUGUAGAAUCGUUUGACGAUAAUUGUUUGAUGAUUUAUUCUUGUGUUCGCAGAACAAUGCAUGCUCGAGAUAGGCGCUGCUGUCAUUCUUUGUGAAGAGAGUUUUCCGACCGUCAUGCGAAAUCAAUCACUGACAAAAUUCCAGAACAUUUAUUUUCUUGGUGAGAUGACGAUAGCCUAGCUCAAUGAUUCCUCACAGAAAUGUGUAGCUCAAAACAUUAAUGCAAUGGUGUCAGUUUGAUGCAAUGAUUGCAAUGUCAGAGACAUCAGCGAGUGAGUAAUUUGGUCGCGUCCACAGCUCAGUCCGAAACGAAGACAUGUGAUGGCGCAAAACAAGGAAGAACAAGCGAUGUUCAUUGUUUCGUAUCUAGAACGAUACUGAAAGUUUGCUUUUCCUUCCUUUCCUUGUUGAAUUAAAGAGACUUUAAACUUCUUCAGUUCAUUCGUCUCUAGCCUUCAAAAAGGCCCUUGGAAAACUUUACCCUUUCCUCAUAUUACUCCUCCACCCCCAUUGCCUUGAGAAAACCAUUCAGCUCGCUCAGCAACGGUGUUCUCACGAAGAAUGAAGUUUUCCUCAGCAAGAUCCACUGUUCACAGUGUUAUUUCUAUUUAACUCCUUCGAGUAGGUUAGCUUCAUCGUCCUGGUUCCCUUGAGAUACAGUAAAAUCGCUUCGCUGCUAUCGAAUUUGAAUUUCCCACAUUAUGGCCAAACUGGCACUUUUUGGACGUAUCGCCUUGGUUAGCUAUUGGUUCGGAUCAGCGAGUGUAGUAACUACGUUGAAAUGCUGCAGCGAACUGUAGACUUAACCAUUCUGGUCCAUCAUCAUACGGUCAUGCCACUCGUAUUCCCCGAAUUUUACAGAUCACACUGAGGUGCUUCAUCUUGAACUUCGCCAUCAGUUCAUUCUUCAGCAUGUCUCCCCAUUGCUGAUUUUUUGAAAACAUAAGUAUUAUCUGCCGUACACAACCUCGUACAGCAUAAUUUUGUGUACAGUCUACACACGCGUGUCAUAGGCGGAUCACUUCAAGCCGACGCGCUUCUGUUUAGCAUUCAUCUUGUGGUUUCACUAGAUUUCUCGAGAUCAAAAUUCAUUUUGGUAGCUCCCAAAAAGAGCAACUAGAGCAUAUUAUUCUAUCCAAGGGGAAUAUGAAAAAUGAGACAACGAAGCCAACACACUCACAAGAAGCUACUGUUUGCUUUCCUUUCUCCCAAUGCUGCUGGUUUUGCGGUUUUACAAUGGAAGAGUAGUGAAACAUUGCGUCGCAAGCCCCACCCUGUGUGAUUCGCAACAGGUCAAUGCGCAUAAAUUCAUUACCAUUAUCAUUCGUUAACUAACAGUGAAGCAGUACACAUCAGGACGAGCGGUAGCAUAGCAACAACACCAACAGACACAACCUCAGCAGAAAUAUCAAUACCGUCAGCUGUGGUGGCGGUGGUGGUACAGAUAUAGAAUAGAUGCAAAGAACAAUUUUGUGGAAAAAUGGGUUCAUUGUUAUAAAAAGCACGGAAAUCCAAAGAACAAUUUUUUGGGAAAAUGGUUAUACUUCCAAUUUUUGUCAAUUCAAACCAUAUGUGAAUUAGGGAUUCUCAGAGAAUUUCCAAGUCGGUUGGUAUGCAAAAAUAGUUAUUAACGUUAAAACUAUUUCACUGUUUUGACAACUUUUGGUAGGACGUAGGACUAGUUGAUUCAGGUGAAAUACUGGAGGUUAAAUUUCUUAAAACGUAAAACAAUAUUAUAUGGUUGUUUAUUCCUAAAUUGUCAGAGAUUCAAAUUAAUCACACCGGAUGCAAUCAUGAGUGGUUGAAAUAUUUGCAUGACCGGGCUUCCCCGUAAUUUUCUAUUCUUUGGGUUAUCGUGGAUCGAAAAACCCCGUCCAAUGUUGUAUUUGGUGCAGCUGUUUUUGUGUAAAAAAACGACGCUCUCUUGGCAUAGUUCAUAGUUGAGUCGAAUUUCCUUAUAAAGGACCCAUCUCAGGACGGUCGAAAAAUAACGGAUAUUCGUGAUAUUUUUUACGAGUAAACAGAUUAAACAAUUCGAAAAAUAUCACACACUGUAGAUUUUUUUGCAAAAUCAUUUUGACCUCAUAAGCUCUUUUCGGUCUACCGCCGAGUGUAUGAGCGUAAACCAUAAGCCCCACCCCUAGGGAGUGCAGAAGGGCACACAACUGCAACAUCACAGCAAAUCUGUGAGCAACUCGAGCGCGUGUGCAAAUGCAUAAAUUUCAGUCUUAUUCCAACCUUCAAAUCGACAACAUUAAAAGUAGAGCUAUUAAAUAAGUAAAACUACCGAAGUGUGUUAAUUCAAACGUUGUGCCUUGUUUUCCGACCGGACUUAGCUUGUAGAUCCAUGAUAGGACCUCGCCAGUAGUAAUCCUUUGUGGACACUUAUAAGUGUAAGAUUUUCAUACAGUCCACAAUUCUAAAACCGACGACCGUAUACCGAUUUUUAGAUCCGAAUCCGAACAAGCUCAUAGAGUUUUCUACAAACCCUAUGUAUACGGCAUUGUUGUGUUGCUUUCUCAACAAAACCUGAACUCCUUCAUUUGAUCCUGACAUGGUUGGAGCGGUCGAUAGCCUACAAACGGGACUUCAUGAAAACUAAACCCUGACCUUCGGUAUUCACAUUUUCAGCUUUUCUGUGAUAUAAUCGCAAGGUUAACGUAGAACUACCAUUGGCUUAGUAAUCAUUUGUUCAAAGCUGCUUCUAAAUCAAUUCUCAAUAAAUUGCAAUCUGUUCAAAUAUAUACGAAAUAAUAUUCUUUCGCUUAUGAUCUCUUUUAACGUUCGACACUCAAAUCAUCUUAUUCAAUCCUCCGUACAUCCGAAAUAUACAUCUAGAAACUGACAGAGGUUAACCAGCCGACGCAUCUUGCAUCUUGCAUCGACCGCAGACCAAUCGAGACUGAAAUGAAAUUUCAAGAAGUAUCGCUAUCUAUAAUGAUUUAAAUAGUUUGCUUUCGAAGCAUUUUUGGGCUAUGGAAAAAAGGUUUUAGAGCCAUUAAGUAAAAAACAUCUCUCGUAGAUCUUUUUUUUCUUUUCGUGACUUUUAUUGUUAGAUAAUACGAUAAGUAAUAACCGGUUACCUUCAUUCCAAAUCAUGGUUUUUUUUUCAAUAUAAUAUACUCGUCAUGGGCAUGGGUGUCACCCCUCUAAGGAUGACACCCGGGCAGACCGCCCUCCCUACACUAUGGCACUGUAUUGCUGUAUAAAUUUUUGAAUGCGUUUUUUUCAAUAUUUUUAUGAGCUUCUAAACAGCGAUUUUUCAUGGAAAAUUAAUAAUUUUUAACAAAAAUAGGCGCCAUUUUGGCAAUUUCUCGAAUUUUCAAAAACCGCUAUGUAGCGCUUUAGGUAUUCUCCUAAAGUUUAAAAAUAUUCAUUGGAAUUCGUUCUGUGACAUCCCGUUGGUUCAGAACCGAUACCACCAGCAAGGUACCGAUUUUCAGACAGCAUCUACGCAUCCAGCUGGCAACAGCGUGAUAAUCAUUAUUCGUGCGCUCAAUAAAUGGAAAAAACAUCUUUAAAUACACCUUAAAUAAUAACCAAAAUACCCGAACACUUCACUUUAUUUUUAACAUUUGAAUAAAAACCAUGAAAAUUCAUUAUUUUUCAACCUUUCAUAUCAAAAAACGACUACUUAACAAUUUAGAUGAUUCAUUUUUACAUGCUGAAAAAAAAUCAACCAAUCGGUCCACUUCUCCCACUUCCAUUCAGCUGAAAAAAACAUGGUUUCGAGAAAAUCGCGUUUGAAGAUUCGUACAGCAAUACUACUUUCCAUGAGGUGAUCUCAUAGGUUUUGCUGUAAUUUCAAAACGAGUUAAAAUAUCGAAAAAUCCUCUCGGCACAACAUUUCUGAAGAUGAAGAUCUGUAAAAAAAAAGGUUUUUCCGACUUUCCAGAGUAGGUCCCCCUAUAAGACGGUUUGAACUUCAUCGCAGGUGUGAAAAUAGGUAUUCACAAGUUUUUUUUAAUUACAUUAGUGGAACAUGUUUUAUCCACAUGCUCCAUGCAGCAAUCAAAUUCAAUCAACAGAACCUUUUUCGCAAUUCAUGUUUUAUUUAUUCAUUUAUUUAUUCAUUAUCGUCAAACAAAUGUAGACUACAUACUUAUAUAUUAAUGUUACAAUGUUUUCUUAAGUUAAGUAUUAUUCCUACGGUACAUGUUUUUUUAGCUGUUUUUUAUUCAUUGUUGUGUCAAUUAAUUCGCAGUGCUGAUUGUAUAUACGCAUCAUGCGAUUGAUAGGAGCGUUGUUUGCAUAAUUUGUUCUGGAUGUUUUGGUUAGAAACAAAUUGCGUGUUCUUAGUUGACGCCCAGGUACAUCGAAAUUUUAUUUUUCUAGUAAUUCAGUUGAUUGUACUCGUUGCGAAAUUAAAUCAUUAACAAAAGAAAUCAUUGCAAAAUUACGGCGUUCCUUCAGUGCUUGGAUGUUUAUGAGCAUGCAGCGUGCUUCAUAUGAAGGAAGUGGAAAUGAUGUCUACCCUUAGAAAAAUCCUCGGUCGAAAACUACUAAAUACAUUUGGUAAUGCAAAAUUAGUAGAAUGUACAAAUUUUUUGUACAUAUUGUCAACAAACCCGCAUCCCUACCAGAGAUUAGUAUAUUUUACUCGAUAACAUUAGUAAGCUUGGAUAUUGUCAUAUCUGAAAAUUGGUGAGAAAAGCGCGUAUUAACCAUUUUCAUUGUUCCCAUAAGGCAAUACGGAGGUAUAAUAAGGAUAUAAUUCUGAUACGUGCAUUUUCGGCGAAAAAAUGUAGCCGAUAUUGGGCUUCCGAAUCAUGGUUCUGCUUGACAUAAGUGUUUAUUAGUACGGUCGAAAAUGAGUAUAGAUUGGUAGUAUUUACCAAAAAAUUCGUUAUAUUUACUAAUUAUUUCUCUCAGUGUAGUUCAACUGAAAUUUGAAAAUGGUUACAACACCGAGUAAAUAUCUUGUUCACACUUCAGCGAAUCGACAUACUGAUUUUUAGGAGGACUUGCGAGAGGAUGGUAAUUCUACUUAGUCACACAAUGUUCACUAUGUAUUUUAUCUGACAUCCCAAACCGGAAAAUGAUUUCCAAUGGAACAAUGUCUAAUCACGUAACCACAUAUUUUAUUCACCGAAUCACAACCGGUUUCCGAAAGACGACGGCAACUUAUCGCAACACUUACCUCUACAACCGCAAAAGGUAUAUGUAUAUUGCACGAAACUGACUUUGCUCUGUGCAGCAAAAUGAUGAGUUCUCCUAUGCACGAAUGUGAAAAUACAGGACAGUUUGCUAACGAUGUACUUGACUUACAGUGAUGUACAUCGUUAGACAGAUUACAAAUAAAUGCCUCAUAUCAUAACAAAACGAAAAAGUGUUAUGAGAAAAAUCGCAGAAAAUGUGUUUCAUAUCAAGAUAAAGGAGACAAAUAAUGUAAAUGUAUGAUUUCGUGAAUCCCAUUUCUGUGUGUGUUGUCGAUGAAAAUUUCCAAUUACAGAUUACAGUUAGGAAAAAAAAAUCUUACGUUCAAAAUAUAAUUUGCUUUGUUAUCUAGAAAAACAGAGAAUCAUUUGCGAAAUUUCACUUUCAAGAUUAAAAAAGCAUUUUUAUAUCGAAUCGAGUCGGGGAUAAAGAUUGGAUAUAUUGGAUGAAUCCCAAAGAUCAUAUAUUGUGUUGUCAUCAACUGGUCAAACUCACACCUGCCUCGAGAUCCGCUGUCCGUUCCUUAUCGUGUAGUUCCCGCGCUCGUCUGCGCCCAUCCUUUGUCCUCGGUCGAUCCCGCUGUCCAUAGAUGAAAUUCCGGGUUAUCUCCAGUUUACAACAUACAACAUACAGGCUCCGAACAGUUUCAUGCUCGGAAUUUGAGCACCUCUUUCAAAUUUUGGAUGAACUUCUAAAAACUGUUACCUAAGAUAUCCAGGCAGACUCGUUCAUGAACCUCCGUUUUUGUCUUCCAAGGGGGAAGAUUUGACCCUUGAACAAAAUUGUGGUCUCAUCGGCAGAUUGGGAAAAUAUUUCAAAGGAUACUUCUGCGGGACACAUCUGCAUUUAUAUUAAAAUGCUCUGAACACCCAUUAUGCAAAGAUACGUGAAAUUCCCUACCAGAUAGAUCAUUCCUAAAGAUCUUGAUUAGAUAAAUUAGAGAAUUGAAUCGAUGUAGCUUAUACAGCAGACCACCAUGCCACACAUUAUCGAAGGCUUUUCCAAUGCCCAAGAGCGCCAUUGCUGUCCUGGACAAUGACUUAUUCUGCUGUGUAAUAUUUGAAGCUCUAAUGCCACAGUUUAGAGAGCAAGCUAAUCAAUCGAUAGCUCUUAGAGAUUAGAGCUCGUAGAGAAUGAACUUUAAUACAAUCCAUUUGUACUGUUGUGCUUCUUUUUCAAUGUACCAAUGUACCCCAAGUAUUCUCAAAUUUUUCCACUGUUUUGAUAAAUUUUGCCUCCUGUAUUUCCCUGAAUUCGACUUUUGAAAACAUUCCGCAACUUACUAGUCAAAAAUACUUCACUUUUAUGUUGAAGAAUUUUAAUAAAACGAUCAAAAUAACCAGCAACUUCAGUAGCAGACACAUCACCUCUUUCAACAAGGCCAAUAAAUGAAAGGUCUGAUCUCUGGUAAAACUAACCAUAGUUUUAAGUCAUGGGUUUUCCAAUAAACCACAUGGUACAACAGGACAUUUUCAUGUUAUUGAAAAUAGGGCCACAAUCCCACAAUCCAUCAAUCCGUCGAGAACAAUGUAUUAAAAAUAAUGAAAAGAAUGAUUUUUCUUAUCAUACUGAAAAUACGGUACAAAUUGAUAAAAAGAGAGAGACAAUCAAAAAAGGUCGAAAAAAUGGUACUCUCCCGUUCCAAACGGUACAUUUGGUUAGCCUAGUGAGAUUACUCCAGUGGAUUCGCUUUUUCAUUGGCUCCUCAUAAAAGACUAUCUUCCUGUGAAUGCCCUGACGAAAGCAAAAAAAGGAUGAGAUUAGGUCUCCUUUUCUGAAUUUCUGUUAGGAACCAAAAAGGUUUAGAGUGAGGGGGAAUUCGUUAAAUCUUUUGCUAAUAUUCCCUAUUUCUGAGGUCUUUAAUCCUUUCUCGAAUUACGCUAAUGAACCGCACAAUCACGAUCAUGAUUCCAGUGCCUGAUAAACCUCCUUGGUGGAAUCCAAAGGCUGAUCGAAGACGACAAUCCGUCGGCGUUAUACGGCAUCGGGAGCAGCACCUAAUUUCAGCACCACCGGCUAGUGGUCAGAUGACAGCUCCUCGGAGACAGCAGACCACGAUUUUCUUUCGUAUUAUAGUGACUGUGUUUAAACUUUUGGCUAGUUCGUUGCUUUUAACUUCCAUUUCGGAAGAAUGUCGGAGGUAAGAAUUGAACUCGUGACCUUUAGCGUGACUACGCCAGAUCGCCUACACAGCAGACCACGAUGAGAAUAACCCAUCCAAACGUAGUAUUGACUUCGACGCCGGCGGCAUCAAAGGUAACUGUCUCUCAUUCAGCUCAUGUGGCCACUGUACGCAAAUUUUCUGAAUCUUUCCCAUCUGUCGUUGGUAAUUAGGAACAAUUUUUGACUAAUGCUUAAAUGUGCUGCAUUGAGGGUCUUCGUGAACUCAAAAUUCAAGGUUCUCAUUCGACAACGCCCACGCAAUAAUCUACAAGUUACGGUGGUUCAGCCUCUCUCAGUUCACACACGCUCUGCUGUGUGCAGCAAGAAACAUCGGCAAUUGGUGCUAUAUAACACACCAAUGGAAGUCUCAUUUCAACUGUUCCUCUUCGUACGGUUGAACUGUGAACAGUUGAACAACAGGAAUACUCUUACGCCGGAAAGGCGAUAUUGUGUAAUUUCACCACUCACGAGAAGCGACACUUCUUCUAGCCCUUAAAAAAAUAGAUGAGUUAAAAUUACCUUUUUCGUCGACGGAACGGAACAGAUCGCUGAUUUUUCGUCCGGCGGAACUUUGUCUUUAAGGUUACACAAAAGAUCUUUCAAUGCUCAAGGCUCGCGUUUGUACACCAUAUGAAAACCAUGUUUCCUGAGAGUAGGCUGGACUGCGUUGGUCAUUUUUGGAUGAUACGGUAGGCCGAUCCUUUCAUGCUUCUCGGGCUCUAAUGUGGUGAUGUUUUUUCUGCGUUUUUUGUUUUCGGGGGAUUGUCUCCACGAAACCUCUCUCGUACCCAUUCAGCUCUGCAGCAUGGUGAAUAUAUCCUCUCCGCUGUGAAAUCAUUUCUCUCCAUAUGCAUAGGAGAAGUGCGUAAUGAGUGGUUCGACAACUCGCAAGCAGAUCGGACAAGUUAUUAAUCGAUCCAACAAAGGUGUUUUUUUCACAUCGAAUAAUAGUGUGCUUUUUCAUCGGUUGCGCUUGCGAGUGUAGCGAAAUUUAAAGUUGUGCGCGCUGAGGAUCCAAAUCAGACACAUUCAUCACACACGCCACACAGCCGCGGCAAGUAGAAAUUUAUUUUUCUUUUGUUUCCCUAUCAUUCCUUCUACCUUCUGUGCACGAUUUACACCAUUGUUCAACUUUGUCUUAACCAAAUCGGCAAACGUUGGCAUUAGGGAUGAUCAUUAUUUCUUAUAUACCGUUGAACUUUUAUUGGAACUUUUUUUCAUUUUAGCAUUUUAUUUGACAUAAAAUAAAUCAUAACCUUAUAAAAAAAUUUUUUUUUCACUCAUUUAUUUAUUUUGAAUCAUUAUAUUCUGUUCAUAUCGAACAGUUGACCGAUUUUUUUUUUAUAUGGCUGAGGGCGGGAAGGAUCCCCCAUCAACGCCAUUGAAUAUUUCCGAUACCGAUCCUCCUCCUGAAGAGCAGGAAGAUGAAACUGAAGUUGAGGAAGAAACUUCUGUAUAUGAAGUUGGAAGUUCCGAAGAUGAGGACAUUGACGAAAAACAGGAUUUUCGUCCAAAAGAAUACCAUGAAGGCUCCAAAGGCCCAUUCAUUGUAUACUUUAGACGAAAAUCUAAACCUCUCAAUGCCAUUCGUAUCUCGAAGGAACUUACUCAGAAGUUUUCUGCAGUUACCGAGAUUACACGGAUGGGGCCAGACAAACUACGAGUUGUCGUCUCAAGCAGGACCCAAGCGAACGAAAUCACGCGCUGCGACCUCUUUGCGAUUGAGUAUCGCGUAUACGUGCCUUGUUGCAACGUCGAAAUAGACGGCGUAAUAACCGAAAAGGGUUUGACUCGAAAAGAGAUUAUCGAUGGUGUCGGUCGCUUCAAGAACUCUUCACUAAAAACUGUGAAGAUUCUUGCAUGCGAUCGACUGAAAUCUGUGUCACAAAAUGACAAAAAUGACAAAAGGGUUCUCAAUCGGACAAAUUCUUUUCGUGUGACUUUUGAGGGUUCCGCCCUUCCAAACUACGUUGCAAUAGGUGCACUUCGUUUACCUGUUCGGUUGUUUGUACCCCGGGUAAUGAAAUGCAACAAAUGUAUGCAACUCGGUCACACGGCCGCCUAUUGUUGCAAUAAAAAACGUUGCGCAGAUUGUGGAGACAGCCAUGAUGAGAAUUCUUUGCGCGAAAGAGCACAAGUGUCUUCAUUGCGGCGGGACUCCAAUGCCCGGUGUACAAACAACGAGGGGAGAAAAUCAAGCGUUUCUUAAAGGAACGUUCCAAGCGGACUUAUGCAGAAAUGCUUAAGAGUUCCGUACCAACGAAUCAGGACAAUCCCUACUCCAUUCUGCAGAACGACGAGCCUGUUGCUGACGCUCCCAAUGCAGGAAGUUCCGGUACAUCGCAGGGUGCCGUCAGGAAAAGAAAAAUUACUUCUUUUCCAUCACUCCCCAGAAAGACAACCGAAACUUCCCAAGUUGGAAUGAAAACUCGAAUUGAACGUGCUGAGAAUAGACCGAAGCAAGUACCUCCUGGUUCAAGCGGUUCUUCUAUGCACCAGGGGUCCUCAGCACUUCCCGGAGCAGCACCCACCCGGUCUGUUCCAUUUUCGCGGUCGAGGCAACAGCCAUAAUCUGGUUUGCUUGCGCUUUCUGACCUGGUGGACAACAUUUUAAAUGCUUUAAAUAUAAAUGACCCUCUUAAAAGCAUAGUAUUAUGUUUGCUUCUGAUUGUGAGAACAUUUUUGAAAGAAAAAUGUGGUUUUUUAGCAGCGUUCAUUUCCCUCGAUGCCUGAUUCAGUGCAAGAGGUCAAGGAUUUCACCACUGUAAUACAGUGGAAUUGCAGAAGCAUCAUCCCUAAACUAGAUCAAUUUAAAUUUUUAGUUCAUAGUUCUAACUGUGAUGUAUUUUCCCUCUGUGAAACAUGGCUUUCUUCAGCCGACGAGCCAAAUUUCCACGAUUUCAACAUUAUUCGCCUCGAUCGAAAUGACUCGUUUGGUGGCGUACUAUUGGGGAUCAAAAAAUGUCACUCCUUCUAUAGAGUCACUCUCCCAUAGAUGACAGGCAUUGAAGUUGUCGCUUGCCAGACACAAAUCAAUGGCAAAGACUUCUGCAUUGCCUCGAUAUAUAUUCCUCCAAGAACCAUGGUCGGCCGCCAUCAGUUUUUUGAUAUCAUCGAGGCAUUGCCGGAGCCGCGGCUAAUCUUAGGUGACCUCAACUCCCAUGGAACAGCAUGGGGGUCACACUACGAUGACAGCCGUGCCACGUUGAUUUAUGAUCUGUGCGACAACUUCAACAUGACAGUUUUAAAUACAGGGGAAGCAACUAGGAUAGCCAACCCUCCUGCACGGGCAAGUAUGCUAGACAUAUCACUUUGCUGUUCUUCGUUAUCCCUGGAUUGCACGUGGAAGGUAAUCCAAGAUCCCCACGGUAGUGAUCACCUGCCAAUAAUUUUAUCGAUCGCCAAUGAAUCAGGUUCUCGUGAGUAAGUCGAUAUUGCGUAUGACCUCACGAAAAAUAUUGACUGGAGAAAAUUUGCAGAAAUAAUAUCUGAAGCACUUGUUUCAAUGCAUGAACUUCCUCCACUCGAAGAGUAUAACUUUAUAUCGAGUUUGAUUUACGAAAGCGCACUUCAAGCACAAAAGAAACGUGUACCGGCUACCACUUUCCGACGUCGUCCUCCAUCACUUCCUGCACAAAACGUCGUACGCGACAUUCCGCUCCAAUGCGAUUAUGAGAAUUUUUCGAUGGUAGAAUUCUCAAUUGCCCUCCUCUCAUGUAACAAUUCAGCUCCGGGGUCGGACAUGAUUAAAUUCAACUUGUUGAAGAAUCUUCCCGACUUGGCGAAACAGCGUUUGCUGAACUUGUUCAACAAGUUUCUGGAGCUGAAUAUUGUCCCGCAUGACUGGAGACAAGUGAGAGUGAUAGCCAUACGGAAACCCAACAAGCCGGCUUGCGUUCACAACUCAUAUAGGCCGAUUGCAAUGUUAUCCUGUAUUCGUAAAUUGUUGGAGAAAAUGAUUCUACUUCGUUUGGACAAGUGGGUUGAAGCGAACAAUUUGCUGUCAAAUACGCAGUUUGGCUUCCGCCGAGGUAAAGGGACGAACGAUUGUCUCGCGCUGCUAUCUUCUGAAAUCCAAAUCGUAUUUGCUCGUAAAGAACAAAUGGCUUCCGUUUUUCUCGAUAUCAAAGGGGCAUUUGAUUCAGUUUCCAUGGAAAUUCUCUCAGAGAAACUUCAUAAUCGUGGACUUUCGCCAAUUCUGAAUAAUUUCCUGUACAAUUUACUCUCAGAAAAGCACAUGCUUUUUCAAUCAUGGCAGCUUGAAAUCUUCUCGAUACAGUUUUAUGGGCCUACCACAAGGCUCCUGCCUAAGCCCCCUCUUGUAUAGUUUUUACGUCAAUGAUAUGGAUGAUUGUCUAACUAAAAACUGCACGCUGAGACAACUUGCAGACGAUGGAGUUAUUUCCAUCACGGGUACUAAUCCCGCCAUUCUGCAAAAAUCCUUGCAAGAUACCCUGAACAACCUGUUCACGUGGGCUCUAAAGCUGGGUAUCGAAUUCUCUACGGAGAAAACCGAAAUGGUCGUUUUCUCUAGGAAGCACGAACCCGCCCAAUUCCAGCUUCACCUAUCCGGUAAAGCGAUCAGGCACUCGAUGUUUUUCAAAUACCUUGGAGUAUAUUUUGACUCUAAAUGUACCUGGGGAAUACACAUUGCGUAUUUGAAACAGAAAUGCCAGUAAAGAAUCAAUUUUGUCCAAACAAUAACCGGAACAUGGUGGGGUGCCCAUCCAGGAGACCUCAUUCAGUUGUACAAAACAACGAUAUUAUCAGGGUUGGAAUAUGGCAGUUUUUGCUUCCGAUCAACUGCCAGGAUUCAUAUUCUCAAGCUGGAGAGAAUACAAUAUCGUUGCUUACGUAUAGCAAUGGGGUGUUUGCAUUCGACACAUACGAUGAGUCUCGAAGUCUUGGCAGGAGUACCCCCGCUUACUUUUCGAUUCACAGAAUUAUCCUACAGAUUUCUCAUCCGUUGCAAGAUCAUGAAUCCAUUGGUGAUUGAUAACUUCGAAAAUCUACUCCAACUGACUCCUCAGUCAAGUUUUAUGUCUUUGUACCAUGAUUUCCUUACCCAUGAAGUGCACCCUUCACCGGGCAUCUCCAACCAAUUUUGCUUCCCAUACUUUUGCAAUUCCUCUGUCAAUUUUGAUCUGUCCAUGCGACAAAAAAUCCAUGGAAUCCCAGAUCAUCUACGCUCCGAUUCUAUUCCGCCGAUAUUUUCGGCAGAAUAUGGGAAAGUUAGAUCUGAUAAAAUGUUCUUUACUGUCGGUUCAUUCAUAAACGGGUCCACUGGCUUCGGCAUCUUCAAUGAAAAUUCCAGUGCAUCUUUCAAACUCAAAGAUCCUUGUUCCGUGUAUGUCGCUGAACUGGGUGCGAUAUACUACGCACUAGGGAUCAUUGAAACAUUGCCCAUCGACCAUUAUUUUAUUUUUUCAGACAGUCUCAGCUCAAUAGAGGCAAUUCGUUCAAUGAAAGUUGAUAAACGCUCAUCUUAUUUCCUAACAAGAAUAAGACAUCUAUUGAGUGUUUUGGUCGAAAAAUUAUUCAAGAUUACCUUAGCAUGGGUUCCCUCUCAUUGCUCGAUUCCGGGGAAUGAGAAAGCGGACUCGCUAGCUAAGGUGGGCGCUUCAGAAGGCACACUUUUUGAAAUGCAAAUUGCUUAUAACGAAUUUUUUCACAUUCCUCGUCAGGACACACUCGUUAGUUGGCAGCGCAUCUGGAGUGAAGAUGAGUUCGGUCGCUGGUUACACACGAUUAUCCCUAAGGUUUCGUCGAAAGCUUGGUUUAAGGGAUUGAAUGUAGGUCGUGAUUUCAUUCGCGUGAUAUCUCGGCUUAUGUCCAAUCACUACAACCUAAACGCGCAUCUCUAUCGCAUUGGGCUCGCAGCAAACAAUCUUUGUGAUUGUGGCGAUGGCUACCACGACAUCGAGCAUAUUGUCUGGUCGUGUAUCCGGUUCCUUGCUGCUCGCUCUCAGCUCUCUAGAGCACUGAGAGCAAAAGGCAGACAAUCGGAUAUCCCCGUCCGGGAUAUCUUAGGUAGCCGUGAUCCUGAUCUUCUGCUUCAUCUAUACCUGUUCCUCAGAAACGCCGAUGUCAACGUUUAAUGAUGUUUCCUUCGUUGUGUCCCUGUUUCAUAUCCCUCCUAUCCGAUCUAUAAACUUCUACUUAGUCGCGGCAAUACAUACACACACUCUUUACAGAUACACGGGCCAAAGGUUGUGCAGUCCACUGAUCAUUCAACAAGAACCAAAGGUUGUACCGCUCAUGACAACUCUACACGAGCUGAUGUUUGCGCCGGCUAGUGACCAUUCUAUCCUGGAUUCCUCGAGUCGAGAAGACGCACCACGCUAGAUAUGGGGUACAGACUAGGGGGCGUUGCUGAUUAAUGGUCAGCUGCAUCCCAAAAGGAAGUAUCCCGUGUCGGGCACAGGUACAGAGCAUUGAAGACAGCAACAUAACAAUUACGAAAACACUUGUAAUACUAACCUCGAGCCAACCGCGAGUAAUCGGUUACAUAUUACUAACAUAGUUAUAAGGCAAACAUUGUCGAAAUAUUGAACUCCCGGCCCCGUCAGGUUGACGCCUUAAUAAAAAUAUAUAUUUUGGAUAAAAAAAAAGUGCGAAAUACGCACCCCCUAAGCGAGAAUGAGUUCAUCUUGACCGUGCUCUUAAAAAUUAAGGUAACAACUACGUCAGUACGAAGAUUAGUUAACCCCCAGUCAUCUAGAAAGAAAUUACAUCGAAAAUUGCUUCCAAAGAAAAUUAUUUUUCUUAUUUUUUAAAGCAUGUUACAAAUGGUAGGAUUCUAUCAUUGACUAGCACGAUUGCCUAUAUCCAUUGCAUUUCUAUUCUUGCUGGUUUACGAGAAAAUCAAGCGGGUCAAAUUGCCCGGCAGGCGCGUUUUAGACACAUCUCCUCUAUGUUGAAGAGACGAUGUGUCAUGGAAUGGAAAGCUGCUUGCUUUUGAGCGCUAAAACGAUUGGAAUCGGAUGUUAUAUAUCUGUCUGUAGACGUUGGCUUAGCAACCGUCUAGCUAUGAGAACAAAUGGUCAUUGAAACGUUUGAUUGUCCGCAUAAAUAGACGCAAGCGUUUUCCAAAUGGAAAAGAAAAUAUAUUUUAAUCCGCAAAAUCUCCUAGGCCCUCUUUUUGCCGAUAAUAUCUUUCAGCUGGACAGAUUAUUUCAUUAGAAAUAUGCAUGGUUACGCUUCUAGGCAAAAAAAAACAACAAAAUUACGGUUUCCCAACUCUAAUGGUGUUGGUGAUUACGUCUCCUAUGCAAACAUGGGCAGAACACAACAAAAUGACAUACUACAUGGACUGAAAAGUCCUGGGAUUUUUUAACAGACAAAAAAUGAACAAGAUUUAUUUCGAGAGGUUCAAUUGUCACUAGCUUAUGUGAGAAGUUUCAUGAAAUUUCGUUUAUUUGUUCACAAACUACAGUUAGUUAAGUGUCACUACCUGAGCAUUCUUAUAGAAAAUGGAAAAAGAGGAAUAUCGUAUUUUGGUCAAAAAUUGUUUUUUUGAUGAGAAAAACGCCUAAACAAUCAAUGCAGUGAUUGACGAAAUGUUAUUCCACUUCUGUUCCUUCGAGAACAACAGUUAACCGGUGAUUUAAUUAAUUUAAAAUGGACCGUACAAGCACCGCAGAUGCACCUCGCUCUCGAAUGUCAAAAGAAGCUACGAAUCCAGAAAUCGUAAAACAAGUGCAUCGACUCGUUUUGAACAAUCGUAAAGUGAUGUUACGCGAGUUAGCUGAGACCGCAGACAUUUUAAAAGAACGAAUGCGAUACAUUUUGCACGGCAUUUUGGAAAUGGAAAAGCUAUCCGCGCGAUGGGUUCCGCGUUUGCUGACCGUCGACCGGCGCGUUAAUGAUUUAACAGCCGGUUUGACGUUGUUGAAGCGUAAUCGAGUGGACUUUUUUCUUCGACGUUUUGUGACAAUGGAUGAAACAUGGAUCCAUUACCACACUCCUGAGUCCAAUAGGCAGUCUACAGAGUGGCACUACGGCAUAUUUCGAAGACAAAGUCGUUUCGUACUACAGAAAGGGAAUCGAAAUGUUGCUAUACCUCGCUAUACCAAGUGUAUUGCACUCAAAGGAAACUAGGAAUAAAUACAGCUUUGCCCAAAAAACUAUUGUAUUCAUUAACUUUUCAGCCCAUGUAUUACAUGUCAAAUCUAUGCAACAUGGACACCAAUUUAUAAACGUGCUCAUCUUCCUUCAACAAUACGUU